AUGGAAUUUCCUAAUGGAGAGCACUCUCGUGAGCUACUUCAAGCUCAAGCUCACAUAUGGAACCAAAUAUUCAACUUCAUAAACUCUAUGUCACUUAAAUGUGCAAUUCAACUAGGCAUACCAGAUGUCAUCCACAGCCAUGGCCGUCCUAUGACCCUAUCUGAGUUGGUAGAUGCUCUUCCAAUCCAUCACACAAAAGCCCAAUUCAUCUAUCGCCUGAUGUGCAUCCUGAUUCAUUCUGGCUUUUUUGUCAGGCAAAAGAUCUCAGAAAAUGAUGAAGAAGGAGGUUAUUUGCUCACACUAGCCUCUCAGCUCCUCCUAAAGGAUGAGCCCUUUAGCGUGACACCCCUUUUGCUAGCCAUGCUUGAUCCCAUUUUGAUAAAUCCAUGGCACCAUGUGAGUGAGUGGUUCCAAAAUGAUGAUCCCACGCCAUUUCAUACAACUCAUCGGAGGACACUUUGGGACUACACAUGCCAUGAACCAAAGCUUAACCAUUUGAUUAAUGAUGCCAUGUCUAGUGAUGCCCGGUUGGUCACUAGCGUGGUGGCUAGAGAUUGCAAGGGGAUGUUCGAGGGAUUCAAUUCCCUCGUGGACGUUGGCGGUGGCAUAGGGACAGUUGCCAAGGCCAUCGCAGAUAAAUUCCCACAUUUGAAAUGCAUCGUGUUUGAUCUCCCACAUGUUGUGGCCGACCUCGAAGGGACUGAGAACUUGAGCUAUGUUGGAGGAGACAUGUUUGAGGCUAUUCCUCCUGCAGAUGUUGUUUUUCUAAAGUGGAUCUUACAUGAUUGGAGCGAUGAAGAGAGCCUGAGGAUACUAAAGAAAUGUAGAGAGGCAAUCCCAAGUAAGGACAAGGGAGGAAAGGUUAUAAUCAUCGAAAUGAUUAUGCAAAAUCAAAAAGGAGAUGACAAAUCGAUUGAAACACAACUCUUUUUUGACAUGUUGAUGAUGGCUGUCGUGACAGGUAGGGAGAGAAAUGAGAAAGAGUGGGCAAAACUCUUCUUUGAUGCUGGCUUUAGUGACUAUAAAAUUACUCCUAUUUUAGGCUUGAGGUCUGUUAUUGAGAUCUAUCCUUGA